AUCACAAUGACACCUGUGAACAUCAUAGUCCAUGGAGUAUCAUACUAUCACCACUGUAAACAAGAAAAGGUGACGGCUGUCAUGUAGUUAGGCCUUUUACUUCAUGGAUUUUGAGUCUUGAGGAUUUUGAACAUUUAGUUUUUCUCACUAUUUGACUAAGUUCCUAGACAUUCUAUUAUGCAUGUCUAAUGCAGUUCAAUAAUGAAUAGUACUAGGUUGAGAAAACUCUUGUUUUUCUAAACUCCAGUCAAAAUGCAAUUUGUGUGAGAAUGAGAGACUCACCGAGAAAUUAGGAAUAGCAAGUAAAACCAAAGGGGCCAAGGGUUUGUGCUGGUAACAGAAGAGCCACCCUGUCAGUAGGUUGGCAGCGCCUGAGGCAGCCAGGGCGUGAGGAUGACUAGCCUGUUUAAACGCAGCAGUAGCAAUGGAGGCUCCAGAAGCAGCGGAAAUGGAGGUGGGGGUGGCAGUGGACAGGGGCAGCUUAACAAUAGCAGGCCAAGCCGACAGGUCAGACGCCUGGAGUUCAACCAGGCCAUGGAGGACUUCAAGACCAUGUUCCCCUCUAUGGACUAUGAGGUGAUAGAGUGUGUGCUGCGAUCCAACAAUGGAGCUGUGGAUGCUACCAUCGACCAGCUGCUGCAAAUGAGCAUUGACGGACAGGGCUCAGAUGACAGCUCAGACUCGGAUGACAGCAUCCCACCAGAGAUAUUGGAGCGAACUCUGGAGCCUGACAGUUCAGAUGAGGAGGCACCUCCAGUUUACUCUCCACCAACGUAUGACAUGCACAUUUAUGAUAGGAAAUACCUAGAAGCCCCACCAACACCAUCUCCACGAUCUAAACCCCAGCCUCCUUCAGCUCACCAGCAGGUCAGAAGCUACCGUAACUGGAAUCCACCAUUGCUUGGAAAUCUCCCUGAUGAUUUUCUACGGAUUCUUCCACAGCAGUUAGACAACAUUAAGAGCUCUCAGAACAGUCUGUCUCAGCUGUCAUCGUCCUCCUCGUCAGUUUCUUCAUUAAGUCAGUGGACAGUGCAGUCUGGUUCUGGGUAUGCUGCAGGAACCACUGGGGGUCCUGGUUUAAUAACAGCAGCUACAGAGCAAGACAAGAAACUGAAACAGUAUCUGGAAGAUGAGCGUGUUGCGCUGUUCCUGCAGAACGAAGAGUUUAUGAGAGAGCUGCAACGCAACCACGAGUUUCUCAUUGCCUUAGAGAAAGAUCGCUUGAAGUAUGAGUCAAAGAAAUCAAAGUCCAAUCAUUCAACUAGCUUGGAGAAUUCCACAGUGCUUCUGUGUAUGUGUGCAGGAGACCAGUACUCUGGAGCUUCCAUGGAGGCCAUCUCAGAUGAUAUGUUCAGAGACAAACUCAAACACAUGGGCAAAUCAACAAGAAAGAAGCUGUUUGAAAUUGCCAGAACAUUUUCAGAAAAGACAAAGAGAAGAAAGUCAAAAAGGAGGACACUCCUGAAGCAUCAUUCACGACGAAUGAAGUACAGGCUCUGGUCAGAAUUCGUAACUCAGGCUGAGGGACAGCACUACCAGAGUCAACCUGAGGAAGGGCAUCAAACUCGUGCAGGCCCUCCUUGACCAGAGGAUGGAGGCCUUCUUACUGAUAACAUCUCCUACCAGGUGUGGAGAGGAAUCCAAGCCCACACCAACUACAAAGGCCAGAGCCCCCCAACAGGAGCCUCAAAAUCGCAGAGGAGCUCAGGCAGGCAUCCUCACUUGUCUGUUCAACCUUUACGUGACUCAUGCCACCGUUCCCACCUGUCUGAAGGCCUCCACCAUCAUUCCCAUCCCCAAAAAGCCUGGUAUAGACAAUCUCAAAAACUAAAGACCUAUAGCCCUCACGUCUGUAGUCAUGAAGUGUUUCGAGCAGAUAGUGUCUCCACCAUUUUGCCUACAGAGCAAAUCAGUCCACGGACAAUGCCCUCAAUAUCAACCUUCACAGAGCACUGAGCGAUCUGGAGAACAUGAAGAGCUAUGUCAGGAUACUCUUUGUGGACUACAGCUCAGUGUUCAACACCAUAAUUCCACACAUUCUCGGCAGCAAACUGGACCACCACCACAUCCCACUUGCUUUGUGUUAUUCAAAGCUUAUUCAGAGGUUGUAUGAAAAUACAAUGUAGUUUAGUGCAGGCAAAACAGUUAGUUUGCAGUAGUGUGGUAAUAUUUAAAGUAAUACACUAUGUGUUGUUCAUGGUCACUGUAACAGGCAUUUUAAUUUUAAACUGAUGAUUAAUUCAGUGAAUUUGAUGUUUACACUAGAUUUAUGCUGUCUAGAGUUUGGAAAUCAAUAAUGAUAGCUCAUGUAACAUAUGCUUGUAUCUUGCUGAAUUCAGUUGAAACCAAAAGGAACAAUAAACAUUAGAGCAGCACAGGUUAGAUGACCACAGGCUGUAUACAAAAUAAUCUGCUGGAGCACACAACAGAAAUCAUUGUGAAUUAUUUCUAAGUUACUCUUCGCUGCACCACUACAA